UUGUCGUUUCUUUUUCCUUAUGGGUAUUUGGGCCACUCUAUCACAUAUAUUAAUCAGUUCUGACAAUUAAGAAAUACAUUUUAUUUAUAAUUCAAAAUUAAAACAAAGAUUAUAUGACAGACUUUCACAUAAGUAUGUACAUAUGUCACCCUUUUUGCUAUCGUCUGAAUCAAUUUGUAUGGCUUUCUCCAUACAUUUCAAAAUAUCUUUAAUUAAUUCGAUACUCGUCAUACUCCAUUUUCUAAAAUAUUUAUAUUAUAUUAUGUAUAUCUGUAUACAUAUUUGCAAAUUACUUGCCAAAAGAUGAAAUUAAAUUUUUUAAAUAUAUUCCAAAUAUUAAUUUAAAAAAAAAAAUAUACGCAAAUGCAACUAUGUACUACGAAAGAAAGAACACGAAUGCCGAAAAACGUCGCAGCGAACUGCUACGAAUGAGAACACAAAGCGAGUUGCUGAACACUGGAAACUCGGCGCGAUUCUCCUCUCCUCGUCGCUCCCUCGCCUAUAAACCAAGAGUUGCCGAGACAAAAGUUGCUGCGUGUAAUAAGCGAGUAACAAAGUUAAUAAAACAAGUUUAGAUCGCAUUCAUACAAGUGCAUAAAUCACCGAUUUCUGAUUAAAUUACUUUAAAUGUAAUUAAAGAGUAUUGGAAUUGAUCCAAUUGCUGUACGUAACAUGUCUUCAAAGUCGAUUUAUUGCAAACCGUAUAAAGAUGAUGAAGAGGAAAUAAAGACCAGUAUUAAGCGACGCAAUAGAUGGACGGAAGAUAGCGAGAGGUUAUUCCUUCAGUUAUGGAGGGACAACUUGGACGAACUGCGCGCUUGCAAGAAAAACAGUCACAUUUUGAUGGAAAUUGUUGUGGAAAUGGAAUUGCAAGGUUUUAAAUACAGCUUAAUAGAAAUGAAGACAAAGAUGCACAAUAUGACUUCGAAGUACCGAAGGGAACGUAUUGAAGUCAGAACUACAGGAAUACCAUCGCUUUGGGAACAUUAUGACGAAAUGGAUUCGUUAAUAACUGAGUAUGAAAAUGACCGCCGCAACUCUUUGGACAUUGACCACUCUAACGUCAAAAAAAUAAAAUUUGAUCACGAAAAGCCAUUUUUGAUGCCUGAGAAGAACCACAAUACACGCAGAGAUUCAAAAUCCUCCUGCAAUGAUAAAAAUUUCGAUACUCUAAGUGAGAGCGAUAACAGUGUGGAAAAAAAUGUUGGCCAUAAUGGUGAGGAUACGGCGGAAUUGAAUAACUUUUCUAUGUCGGUGCGAGAAAAUUUAAAGUCCACAAAAAAUUCAGUAUGUAAUAAUUACUGUUCAAAGGUACAAAACACAAACCGAUCCAUUGUAGUGGAAACAAACGGACAUGAUGAUAUGGAUUUAUUUUUUUUAAGUAUGGCUAAAACAGUGAGGAAGCUUCAACAUCACGUACAAGUGCAUCUUAAGAGAAAAAUUUGUAAUUUAGUUUUUGAAGCUGAAUUGAAAGACUUAAACCCGAAUAAUGUCGAUGGUAACGAUUUGUAGAUUACAAGUUAAACGCAAUUUAUAGUAUUAGUUUUUCAAUAUAUCACAAAAGUAACUGAAAAUGUUUAUGUACAUAAAUAUAUAUGUACAUAUAUUGGAAAUCAUAUAUAUGUACAUAUACAUACAUAUGUAUAUGUAUGUCAAAUAUUCGAAAUACCUCUAUUUUUUAUAUUGAAUUGCAUUUCAUAAUAAAUUUAAGUCACAUUCAUCAAUUUGAAAUCCACUAAUUUUAUACUCAUAAUUUAAUUGGAAAUGCUUAUUUAAAUGUUUACGAUAAAAAAAUUGAUUUUAUAUUUAUAUUAAUUUUAUUUUUAAAGUGUGAAACUUGAAUGUAAAAGCUUUUUAAUUUCUUACGAAGAAAUAUUUGCUUAAAAAAAUAAUGAAGUGAAAAUUAAGUUUUACCAUGACACUUUAGCCUUAGUACCACACCUUUAGGUACUAUCGAUGUUCACAUCUUUUCACAGUUAUUGCAUUACUAGUUAGCUGAGAUUUGUACUCGUACUAUCAGCAAGUUGCGUGCUGAUUUUCAAUUACUAUGUUAAAAAUCACAAAUAAAAAACGUUAAUGCUUAAAAUAUAUUUCCAUUAAAUAAAUUGAAAGCAUUUAUAAGUCAA